UUAAGAAUUAAUAAGUGAAUUGUUGCUAGAGAAAGGAAAACUUGUAAGUAAAAUCUUAAGUGAAACCUAUUACGAAUAGAAUUGUGAAAAGCACUGAAGAUUUCUCAUAAAAGAUUCUUAUAAAGUUCAAAUGUUUAUAUGAAUAUUAUAUAUUCUACAAUGAUCAUUAUUUUCAUAGCCUGUAAAAACCACUAAAGUCAGCAGCUACAUCUGUCUAAAUCUUGGCAGACUUGUUUCAAAGAAGGAGCAAUCAGUUCUUUCAUAUAUGUUGAGGUUAUUAUGAAUGCCUUCUCUACUUUGAAAUCAGUUUAAAUUUUAAAGGACAUAAUUUGUAACUGUUUUAUAUGAUUAAUGAUGCAUCAGGGAAACCAAAACUGGGUUCAGUGAUCAUUGUUACAUCAGAACAUUUUUCCUGUGUAUCAUACUUAGGUUUAUGAAAAGACUUUUGAAAAUAUAAAAUAUUUAUUAAUUUACAAAAUCAAUGGAUAUUCAUGUAGCAAGCCUUGCAAGCCCUUUGGUUCUGGAGAACAACAGUGGAUCAGCGCGCACCGAUUACCUUAGUAACCACAACCUGAGUUACCGAGCUCGACAUAGGCGACAGCUGCUAAAGGAGAAAACCUCAAGUGCCUCCACUAGUCCUCAAGUCCCUGACCGGGAAAACUCUGAUGAGGGUUUGCUUAACCAAGCAUCAUCUGCAUUCAUGAUUUCGUCAUCGGAGGCAGCAUCAUUUAGUGGCUCGAUGGAUAGCGGGACUUUUAGUUCUGCUGAUUCACUGUCCUCGCGAGGGAUCACCUUCCGUGACCCAGAAACUGGAGUUAUGUACAUACAAACACAGCUGUUACAGGAUGACCCUCCAAGCACGGUCACUGACCUCUACCAAGAUGAAAAAGUUUUGGGAAGUGAAAUUUCUGAUCUGACAGACAAUUCCUCUAAUAGUCUGGACCAUUCCAUUCAAGAUGCAGAGUUCACAGGAUCCACAAUUAACUUUCAAGACCUGCAGUGAUAUAUGCGAUAGAGACACUGGAUAGAAGAGAUUUAUAUGAUGUUGUUAUGGAUAUAUGUGCUGCUUAGAUCUUAUUGUAAAAUCAUUGUUUUGUUUUUCUUAUAUUUAUUUGCUUCAUGUUGCAAUGUGUAAAAGUAUAGCUGUGAUCUGAGCUUCAUACAAAUUCUUGUGUGCUUAGCUAACACAAAAUGUAAUGCAGUUAUAUGUGAGUAUGAGGCAAAUCGUCUUAAUUCAGUAGCAUUUUCUUUUUUAGCUGAUCAGGGUAAAAUAUGAAUGAAAAUAUUAUCAUUUCAAUUUUUAUUAGGAUUAAAAAUGGAAACAAAAUAAACUUCCCAUAUUUCCUGGCUCCCAUAUAAUAUUCAGUCUUAGGAGAUACUGUUAAUUAUUGCCAUUUUGCCCCUUGAUGUGCAUAAUUCUUGGCAUUUUCCGUCCAUUUAGAAUUCUUGUUCCCUUACAGUAAGUGGAGUUUGGGACCCUGGCUGGUUUAACACAUUUGUAGUCAAUUUUAUAGUGAAGAUGACCGCGAAAUUAAUUCUAAAUUUCUCAAAUGCAGUGCUUGUUGUACUUCAAUAUUUCUAGCAUUAUCAGUUUGUAGGCUACAAAUAUUGUAAGUAUUUGUUGUUUAAAUUAUAGUAAAAUGAAAUGAAAAAACCCAA